CUUUUGAUUUAUACAAGGAUACUUCUUUUUCAAUCGCCAGAGUCGUGUCCUUUUGUGACGGAAAAACAAAAGUGCUGCAGGCUUCCGUUUUUGUACAACCGAACUUACACGGCUUGCACAGCGGAUGUCCCUGACAAAGACUGGAAGGAGCAAUGGUCGUCACCCUGGUGUUUCCCGGAAACGCCAGAAAAGGACAGAAGUACCAAGUAUCGUUGCUUAAGAAACAGUAAGUUGAGAGCCACGUUCAAGUGUUUCACUGCAAAGUUAUAAAUUUUUCUGCUUAAAAACAAUAAUAGAUAGCACCUACAAUUGAAAAAUUAUAGGAACUGAAUUUACAAAAAAAUUAGUAUGUCCUUUUUUCUUUUGCGUCUCUAGGUAGUUCUUUUCGCUGGUUUCCAUAUAAUCGCCUUGAUCGCCUGUUAGCGCGGCUGCGUCCAUACUGCAUGAAAUAGACUGACUGACGGUUCAGUUUUGAUAAAAUCGCUUUUAAUGAUCUUUCACGAUCGCACGAUCGCCCAAAUCAUCCGGACGGAUUUCUAUAUCUACCCGAUCGUGACGGUAUUUCCAUACGAUCGUCUCGUUUGUAUCAAUAUUGUGGGAACGAUUCGGAUUAUCGAGAAGAUCCGAACAAUUAAUUGUAAAAUAAGUCUAACUCUAUUCCUUGCAGGUUAUAGUUGUGGCGGCAUACGUACACAAGUAGCAGGAGUAAUUUCUUCUUCCAACUUUCCUCGCAACUAUAAACCCAACGUCACAUGUACCUGGAAAAUCACCGUUGCCUCGGCCAAUCAAAUCACGCUAAAUUUCACAGACUUUGAGUUACACAACAGUAGCACCUGCGAGCAUGCGUACGUACGGGUAUUUGAUGGACUCAACACUACCAGCCCCUCCCUAGGCAAAUUCUGUGGACGUGAAAUCCCCAUGGGGGUACAAUCCAGUGGAAAUAGGAUGUUGGUGGUAUUCAAAUCGUUUCGUGGAGAUGAAUUCAGAGGUUUUCGAGCUUAUUACGAUUCAGGUGAGUAUUAACAAAUAAAUGUUUGCUUAUUCGUAUUCUUAGUGGUUGAUUAUCAAAGGGAAUUUUAAGGCCCGACGUUGAACUUGGCAAACUUUCCAGUGUAAUUUUCUUCGCAAUUUUGUUGUGCUGUUGUCGAGACAACUGAAGUUGCACGAGGCAAGCCAGCUUUUCGACAAUCACGAUAACGACGUUGGGCGACAUCUUUAUUUCGGUUGGGACAAUGUAACAUCCACCCAGGGGAAGCUUUGUGUCCAGCGCUUUUAGUGCAAACAAGGGUGCGUGGGUGUUGCUCAGUCUUGCGGGCUCACAAAACCCUACUUAGGUAGAUCUUAUGCCCCAUUCACACUAACUAAACUAAACCAGGUUUUAAAUAAUGAAAAACAGUCAUGAAAAACUGGAACACAGGGUUUCACACAGCAUCUUUUAUGAAGGAAAGAAAAUUCAAAGCGUGUUUAACUAAACAGCUUUUAAGUAUGUUUAAGCUUCGGUGUGAAUUGGGCUUUAUUUUGAAUUUGUGAUGCAACAGACAAUUUUUUUUUAACUCGUGUCGCAACAAAUUGCGAGACAAGUUGCAAGAAAAAAUGCCCAGUGUACCGAAGCCUUCAACUGAAUUUCCACCUUUACAGUUCCGGGGGAUGUUCUUCAACGAUAACACGGAUAAUUGGGUCGAAGGCAAAUUCACGAGUACAAGAAUAAAAAAAAGGCGCGAGAAAGCCCUUCGAAACGGGGAACAGUUAAGGUUGCAAAAACCGACUCUCAAAUAAUGCUACCACCGCGUAAGAGGCCAACAACAGAGUUCCCACAAUUCAUUGCAGUUACGUGCCCUCUCUUUAAAGACCCAUUUGUGAGAAUUUUGCCGUGACAACCUUUAGGUACCACUUUAAUACCCAAGACGACUCAUCACCAAGCAUAUAGGGAUAGGAUUAGACCCUGUCAUUAAUUUUUUUCUGCCGCAAAAAAUAAAAGAGGAAUAAAAUAAAAAAAGCUACAUAAAGUUUAGAAACAACGAUCGAGGUUUGGUAACUAUUGAACAAAGACUUGUAAAGGCGGAAAUGAUCAAAGUAAAAAUACACAUUCCUCUACCUUAACUUGCUUCAGGAGGCUGCAAUGUUCGGUCCUAUGGUGGCAAUGGCGGCGGAGAGUGCUGUGUUUUUCCAUUCACCUACAAAGGAAGAAUUUACAAUGAAUGUUCUCAAAGUGAUUCCACUCAUUUGGGAGCCCCAUGGUGUUCCGUUACGCCUAAUUACGACAGGGACGGGAAAAGAGGCUUCUGUGUCACAGAGAACGGUUUGUAAUUCUUAUGCUUAUUAGGUUUUUUUUGGUGUAGCAAAAGGCAAAGUAUUCUAACUUCACGAAAAUGAAAAAUGUCAACAUGUCUCGGUUAGCAGUCUAGUAGGGGUUGUAUCUGAAAGAACGAAAAGUAGCCAGUUUGGCUUACCCUUCACCAGACCAAUUUUUCCUCAUCAAUUUAAUGAAAGAUGUGCGUAAUGACUCGCAGAAUCAUAAAAAUGUUCAAUGUACUAAUUAAAGGUACUAAUUUUAGGACCGCUAUGUUACGUGUUCAUCCGAACCACGCAAUUUCCCGGGCAAAGGCAGUACCUUCAUUUCUUAGAACUUUCAAGAUCCUGAGUAUUGGUCGGGCCCCGGGAAUCCGGAACUCUCGACCUGCUUCUAAGCACUCGAGCCCACUAAAGAAUGAGCUAAUCCUGUCGCAGUAAUCUUUGUUCAACUUUGAACAGCAACAGGGCUUUUUUAAUGAAAAUUUUAUUUUUGUCAUUAUUAUCUAGUACCAUGUGGUGCUGACAAGUUUGAAUGCAAAAAUCAUCACUGGUGGAAACAAUGCAUCGACAACAAGCUCCGCUGUGACGGGCAUGCGGAGUGCGCUGACCAAUCAGACGAGAUAAAUUGUCGUAAGUCCAGUAGUACUUUUAUUUCCCUUGCCCAAGGACAAAACUAAAACGCGAAACAGGGAGUAGGGAACGAGAAUGGGAAAGCGGGAAAAUGAAAAAUGGGAACAAAACCUAACUUAAACCCUAGCCCUAUCAGUAACUUCAUUUCCAAUUCCCUGCUUUUUAAAAAAAUCCCAUUCUUCCAUUUUCCCGGGUGUCUCAAGUGAUGCGGAGACCAUUGUUGGUUCGCUUUUGUGUUGUUGUGUGGUAUUGUUCAGUGUCUUUUUAAUUGAAUAGGGUAAAAUAGAAGUGACAAACAAACGAGGUAACUAUAAAGGAGCAAAGAUGGUUUAAGGAAGGAGCAGAUUGACAUUGAUUACAAGCCGAAAAUUUAGGCUAAUUUUUCAAGAUGCUGAGACCAUGACUGAUGUAACCCGUAAAUAAGUUUGUUAAGAAAGCAAAGUUGAGUGAAUUGAUUCAGUGGCGGAUCUAGGGCGGGGCCCGCCCCUCCUUAUUUUUGGACCAAACUGAGGCCGGAAGGGCCGAAAAAAGUUUUUUCUAAGACCGCGCCCUGGAUGACCGCCUCCCCCCACCCCUUACAGGGGCGGAUCCAGGAUUUUUUUUUAGGAGGGGGUGCACUCGUCUCUUGCUCUACUUCAACACCAAUAAACCACAUAGUUUUUUGUUUUUUUGCAGAAUACCAGUUGUAUUAGAAAACCGCAGGCUAUCUCAGGGGGGGGGUGCACCCCUGCACCCUCCCCCUAGAUCCGCCGCUGCCUUAUCGGAAUAUCGGAAGGUCUAGAUCUCCCACUGUGAUUUGUGAUAACUUCAACUGAUUUCUUGUGAUCAGGCUCUGAAACAAAACCUAAACACCUCGGUCAGAAUGGAUCUUAAUUCAAAACAAGUCGUAUCAUGAACUGUGCCUAUCAUCGCUUGAACUUGUUAAAGGCUGUCAAAUAUGAAGGGCUUGCCUACAACUUUCAGCUUCACAAAGUUACUCUCCACAUUUGAUGGUUCAAAGCGCUAACACAACGACAAAAACCGACCUCAACUAUUCUUUUUAGAAUUAACAGCAAAAUAAUUGCGUUGUGUGUGAUUUGCAGCUCCAAUGGUGAAUCCAGAUCGAUGCACGGUGUUUCACACCGUGGAAGUUCCUUCCCGCAAGCCAGUGGGUUUUGUGCUCAACCGACAGUGUAACUACGAAGACCGCUGCGGGGGAAAUGGGACUAAUCUUAAAGGUAAUCAUCACCCGCGCCGAGUUGUUCAAAGACCAAUUAGCUUUAACGCUGAGUUAACUGCAAACAGAGCAUAUGAGUUACCAUAGCAAUUGAUCCUGGAUUUGUGCUAAUCGGCCUCUGAACAACUCAUCCCAGAUCCUUUGAGGGCAGCCAUAGUUUCUUGGAUGGGUGUGUGCGGCUAGGAUUAUAGAACAUGUAUACCACACCAUGUUUAACUAAUUGUUGAGCCGUAAUACUCUAUCUCACACUAACUAUUAAUUAGAAUCACUACUACUGCCGUCGCCCUAUUUACAGUAAGUAUUAAUUCAUCAAAUCGCUGAUCAAUGACAGAGUAUAUCCUCACUAUAGGCCUGAUUCACCAGCUAACCCAUAUCUUCAGUGACAAUAUGGCAGGAAAUUCAAAUUUCAAAACGUUACAUCUUUUCAAUGCAUACGAACUUGCAAAAAGGCCUUUCUUACACGGUCGGCAGGUAUCCCAAAUUAGUAAAAUAUUUGUAACGUCAUUUUAUUCUGCAAGAAAAUGUAAAUACCUAAGUAACUUAACGAAAACAAUUUUUUAAAAAUAUGAAGCAAGUCUGCAUUUUCACUACAUAAAUUAUUUAAGUGUGAAUAUACCUUUCGGGUAGCCUGCGAAAACAUCCUUCUCCUCGCUCUUCGCCGCUGGGGACGUUUCGCGCGGAGGAACGUCUGCGACUCAGCGACAGAAAUUCCAUACUGAUGACGCAAAUUAAUGUUUACAUAAUAAAUUCGGCAGUCAUAGGGUUUUAAAUAUAAAUUUGUCCAAUUUUGCGUGUCUUCUGGUCGAUUUUGGUAAAGUGUUGUGUUCAUCUGCCCACGAGCUCCAGCAAAAACUCAAAUGUUUCUUCUAAAGAAGACUAUGUUCCACAAAUAUUGACUGUUUUGUUAGAGAUUCUUCGCGUUUACAUUUAGCCUGUUCCAGGCGUACAGAUAGUAGAGCGCGGCGGUAAGUGGGGAGCGAGUUAAGUUAUACACCAGGAAAGUCUCCCCUCAUUUUUUUUUUCUUCGUGAAUUUUUCUCCCGCGCUCUACCAGGCGCUCUACUAUCCGAGCGCGUGGAACAGGCUAGUUUACAUUUAACCUUUGUGGCCUUUUGUCUUUUGUCUGUCAUUCGUAAACAAUAGCUAAAACAAUGUAACUACUGCGUCGACCAAUAAGCGCUUAUGACCGGAUUCCGGACAGAUUUUACGUCAUCAGUAUGGAAUUUCUGUCGCUGAGUCGCAGACGUUCCUCCGCGCGAAACGUUCUCAGCGGUGAAGAGCGAAGAGAAACGGGUGUUUUCGCAGGCUACCUUUCGGGUAUUCAAGUGAGAAAAUGCAAAAAUUAGAGGCUUGGGUUGACAAAAUACAAUAUGAUUUCAAGAAAUUGCCGACCCAAGCCAUAAUCUCAUUUCCGGUUUUUGUUUGUUGGUCCAGAAUGCGGGUAAGGUCUUUAUCUCGUUCAUUCGUUAUAAGAAAAUAAGUUGAGAGAAUUGGGGUAAGCUUGAAAUGUCUCUAAGGCUGUACACGUCCUCACGUGACCUAUAAAUCACUGGGGACGGAAAGGACUGAUGAUGGCGAUGAUGAUGAUGAUGAUGAUGAUGGUGAUGAUAAUGUUGGUGGUGGUGGUGGUGGUAAUGGUUGAGGUGUUGAUGAUGAUGAUGAUGUCGAUAAUCUACAAUGAGGGACAAAAGUGUUGAGACACUUCCGUAAAAUGACCCCUUUUUGCAUGGUGGACAUACCUAUCCCCUUCCCACCAAAAUCAAUGUUGAAUUUUGGACCCUCAAGUCUUUUUUUUUUACUCAGACAACAUUGAUUCGGUGGGGGUGAGGGGAUUUAUGGCGUUUAAAAGGAAUGAAAUAAUAAAUGAAUUAAAUGUUUGUUAAAAGCACCAGUUUUAAACAAGUGUGUCAACUACUUUUGUAGCUCUAUGUGGCAGCUUUCUUUCCCCUUAUCCUCUUUUGCAGGUUCCGAUAAGCCGUGUAAUUUCAGCACUUGGUUUAAGUGUUCCAACCAUAUGUGCGUCCCUAAUUAUUACCGAUGCGAUGGUAAAGAUGACUGUGGAGAUAAAAGUGAUGGUAUGAUAAAGCUAUACGGGUUUUAUCCAACUAUGUUUCUCUUUAAGUCAAUCCACUAUUCGCCACUUUAAAAAGAGGUACCAAACGGGGUCAAGUAAGACUUCUGGGCUAAGUAAAUUUAGUAUGAUCGUUCGCGUGAACGUUGUCCUGAAUAGGACUGGGGACAGAGAAAAAAUUGACCAAUAGCUGACCGACACGUCCCCAGUGACGUACCCAGACGUCUUGCCAAAGAUAACUCAACCCAGAUUCCCUCCCUUUUCGUAAGUGGCGAAUAUGUAAUUAUUUUUACAAAACAUCUGACAGCAACAAUCACAUUACACACACCGCAGUUUGGCCGGUACCGUACGCAUGAGCAGCCGACCUCUACUAAGUAACCAUUUGUGUCUUCCCCGAGGGUGUGGCAGGUUAACAGAGUUUCGACUGUACUAUUUAGUUGCGUUUUUUUAUAAUUAAAAUAUUUUAAGGGAAAAGGUCCAACUUUCGGUUGAGUUGUGUGGCUCAACGCAUUUGCUCUAGUUCCCUCAGUAAUAAUCAUAACAAUAUCGUGCUGCUCAAACUUGUACCUAUAUGAACAGCAAACAAUGCCCAUUAAUAGAAUUGCAAAUUACCGAAUCAUGGAAUGAACUAACAUAUUACAUUUCGACCAAAUGUUUUUUGGGUAAAAUUAUUAAUGAACCUUUCAUUUUACACUUUCUGCAGAAGGUGACGGUUGUCCUUACAAAUUUGAUGAAAAUAAAGAAGGUGAGCCCAUCUCCCUGCAUCUCUAGUUUCUGGCAUUUCUUAAAAAUCAAAUAUAUGGCAGUAAAACAUGGCGGUUCGAUAGGCCGCAGAAAAACGUGAAAGCUUGAUAGGUAGUUAAUAGUCUUGACGACGUUAUGUGAUAUCAUAACCCUGUAUUACGACCGCAAUGUUGGAUCCGAGAUAAUUUUAAUUUAAACGUCGCUGGGAUGAAGACGCUAAAAGUGCUAUAACGAUAAGAUUUUAAAAAUUCCACGUCAAGAAAUUCAAAGUUGAAUCCCUUUACAUUCAGCACCAAUGUAAUAAGCUAAGCGUUCUAAGUCUUCUUUAUGUGGUAUUAAAUUAUUACAUUAUUUUUUAUUACAUUAUUAUUUUUUUUUGCAUUUUCCCAGCAUGUCACUGGACCAGUCACUGUGUUAAAGGCGGUUGGGAAGCGUCGCUUGGAGGUAAAACACCUUCUGAGGUCAAGUUCUUGGCGAACUGUAAGAGAAACGACCUCACAAGGAUACCAACCUAUCUUCCUGUCAAGAUAACGAACUUGUAAGUUACUCCAUAGUUAUACUAGAACACCGUGCGGGGGAGAGGGGAGGGGGAUUGGGAAGAUAAAUAAGUAAUACUAGCACACCGUGGGAGGAUUGAAAAGAUAACGAACUUUAAGUUACCCAAGGUUAUACCAUCAUACCGUAGGGGGAUUGGAAAGAUAGCGAAGUGAUACUAGCACACCGUAAGAAGAUAGCGAACUUGAAAGUUACUCCAUAGUUAUAGUAAAAACACAUGCUAAACACUUGCUUCAUACUAGAAUACGCCUGAUGAAUUCAAAUCUGAUCAGAGCAACCAUCACAUCUUGUCAAUGAUGCUGGAUUGUUCCGACUUUUAUUUAAAACAUGUGAAAGGAUUGAAACAAACCCUUUCGAUUCACUUCCUGCCAGUUCGUUACCUUUCCUUUAGUUUGGCGCCGUUCGCGCGACAACAAUUAACGCUAUCUAAAAACCACUGCUAUAAUCAGUAUGGACGUUAAUAUAAGUGCAUAAAAUUGUUCUAGAAGUGUCUGACUGAGAACAGGUAGGAAUUAAAAAAAGCGGGCUAAAAGUCCUAUACGUCAAUAAUAGCAAUUUAUUUUCAAAAGCUUGAAAGUGUUAUUUGGGAAAAAUCAGUCUGACAUUGUUUCCUCACAGUUUAGAAAGAUAAAUUGACGUCUAUAUUUUUUUCUUCAAGAUCAAAGGUUUUUUUCAGCAACAUCGAGAGUCAGCUCUUAUAAUUCUGGCGUUAUUGACAUGUAAAUUCAGGAGAAUCCUCAUGACUCUACAAAUUUAACUGUUGUUUUUGUCUGCAUGCUUCUUGUAUCACAGGCAUAUACAAGAAAAGAAACUAAGAGAUAUUGAAAGGUACAGCUUUGCAAGAUACAAGUAUCUGGAAAAAAUGUAAGUGGCAAAACAAGUGAAAAUAUAGUCUUGGAUUUCAAAAAAAAAUUCCUUAAUUCAAACACGAGACGAAGUGUUUUAACACACAUCAAACACCGACAAGAAAGUUUAAUAUACGACCCACAGCGGGAUAUUUUUCAUGAAUUUCGUUUAUAUUUGAUAUCUUAAGUGUUUGAUGUACCUUCUAGAAUGCUUUUAAGAGAAAAGGACAAAAAUGGGUCCAACAGCGUCCCGUUACUAAUGAGUUUGAGGAGUAAGCGCAAAUUCUAUUGUGAACUCAGCAAAGAGACCUGUGACGUCAUCCAGAACAGGCACCAAGAUAACCGCCACAAAUGCCAGCUCGAAGUUAACAUAGAAGUACGAUCAAUUAUCAGCGCCAACCUGAAACAAAGUUGCGUAUCUGCAGUUUAUGGUUUAACUGAACAUAUAUGGUAUUUUUCUUCAGUAACUUGGAGGGAAAUGAGAUCCACAGCAUAGAACCCUAUUCCUUCAAUGGUCUCAGGCGAUUGAAGACCUUGUAAGUAUGAAUGACCAGCUGUCGUAACCAUAAAUAAUGAGCUCAGUGUCGAUUUCAAGAAAUUAGAGAGCGUUUCCACUCACGUGGCCAGCUGCUAUUUAAAUUUUUGAGACUAAAGAAAACGUUUACCUAGAGAAAAGAGUUCAGUUCCCACAGGACUGGUUUGGGACAACAACAUGGUCGCCGUUUCAUUAUUUUGGGACACCGAUAUGGCGGACGUGACGUCAUGUAUAAUAAGGCUCUAUAGCUCCAUGCUGUUAACUGAGAACACUGAGAACAAGGUUAUAGUUCGUGCCACGCAAUGACGUUAUGUGACGUGAAACUAACUAUUGUUUUCAAUGGCCGCCAUUUUGGAAUUGUCAAAUUGGAAAUUUAUUAGGACAAGAAUGUCAAAAUCAUGCCAAGACAAUAGAAAAAUGCUAAGUGGUCGCUUAAUUCUCAAGCAGAGUAAAACUAAGUUUUCAUAGUCCUCGAGUGUGCACUAUUUUCUUAGAGAAUAUGGAAAACUACAUUCUUUCAUGUUGUUUUAUUGCCAUUUUCUUCUAAGAAUACUAAGGCGAAACAAGUUGCGAGUAUUGAGGACAGGAGCAUUUCAAGGAUUACAGUCAGUUACUGAACUGUAAGUACAUUCACAGCUGUUGUCUGUACAGCUAUCUUUUUGUCUUAUCAUUUAAUUCCAUCAUUCUACCAGGAGGACCGAACAGGCUGGGCGCUUUUUAUCGCUUGUAUUCUGUUCGUCUUUUUCUUAGUGAUCUAUUUGGAAACCCGAUUGAAAAGAUUGAAAGAGAUGCAUUCAACGGAUUACAAGAGCUGCGAACGCUGUAAGUAGACGACAAGCUAUCCAUUUUCCAAAAAAAGGUUGCUGUUUUUUUUUGCUGGGUAAGGGAGAAGGAAGAAGGAGGCAGAAAUAUUCUCGAUGACAGCGGAGAAAGCAUUACUUUUUUCAUCUCCUAAGUUGUUAUUCCCACAAGCGUAUUUGUCACGUGUUUCCUUGGCUACUUCUUUCAAACGUAGCAGGCUAUUUUUUAACAUGAAGACUUGUCAAGGAAAAAAUUGAACUUUUUUUUUACAAUUUACACGAGCAAAAAAUACGUUUAACAAAUUAAAAGGUGUUAAUUAAUCUUAUAAACUCUACUAGCUUUAAAACCACUGAAGAAAUCCUAUACUCGUGAACUAAAAUGCGCCAGAUAUGUUCUAAGAUUUUCUAUAGUAUACUUUUUAGCCCAACGAAUAUAAGAAAGUAAAAUAUGAAUUAUAUUUUUGUCAACAGGAAUUUGAGUAAUAUGGAGCUGAAUUCAAUCGCACCAGGAGCUUUCGAUGGAAUGGAAUCGUUGAAAUUUCUGUGAGUUGUAUACGUUUGGCCUUACGGCUGUAACAAAGGAACACAUUAAGUAUUCCCAGAAGUAUUUUUAGAGAACUCCUCCUCCACGAAAUAAAUGCAUGCGCGGUAAUGAUGUGAACUAAUGGGGCGAAGAUUGAAACAUCAAUUCGCCAACAAUAUUUAUUUAAGAGCCACAAAGUCGUGCCCGAUCAACUUUAGUAUUUGAGAUCACUUUUCAGAACAACGUUCUACCAGGAGAUCAUGGCCAGCAUUUGAGACGCUCCUGUUACAUCUCAAGCAAAAAUGUUCCCUAUCCUUUGUACAGUCCCCCUCCCCCCUCCCCCCCGUCCCCUAAAAAUCCCCAAAAGAUCCCAAAAAAUUGUGAUGUGUUCUUAGAGACAUCUUUUACGAUUUCUUUUUUCUUCCUUUUUAGUUACCUUGGUAACAACAGAGACUUGUAUCAGUUACCGCUGGACGUCUUUGACGGCGUUCCACUUUCUUAUUUGUGAGUAUUAGCGUACAGCUAUUUCGAGAAAGGUUGUCGGAAAAGGUGCACGCGACAAUACCGAAAGGUACUGUGGGUGGUUUUGAGUUCACUGUUCUUCAAAGAAAUUUAAAGGAAUGGCACAAGAGGCCAUGGACAUAUGUUUGUGUGUGCUAAAGGAAAGCAACAAAAGUAGGUUUGACGGCUACAGUCGUCAGGAAUAGUGUAUCAUCAUACCCCUUAUUACUUUACCGGAUUUUCCCGUGCAUAUUUUUUCCGACAACCUUCCACGAAAUAGCUGUAUAAACUAAGCGGGUGUUUACAUGACACCGGGGCGACUUUUACGCCAGCGAGAGUUCAAUCUGGUUACCUCCUCAUGGCUCUGUAUUUGUUUACAUGAUACCACCACAAAAUGUCAUGCCGGCGCCAGUCACCCUGGCGUGAGUUCACCACAGUUGUCGUACCGGGGCGAGAAUUUCACUCCGGUAUGAAAUUUCGCAACAUGUAAUUAUUACAGUGUAAACGAGAAACGACCACCCAUUUCAGUGUGAAAUCGGUUUGGCGGCAGACUGGAACGGGUAGCGCAUGCGUAAUGUUUUCGAUUUCGAACUACACCUGUAUUUUAUCAGUUUGAAGUGUACCUUUAAAUACCGAGAUAUGAAAUGACCCAGUCAUCAUGUAAACGAGACACGAAAUCAAAAAGUCAUCCAGGUAUGAAACUCGCGCCGGUGGGAGUUUUCGCAUGUAAACCGUAAACUGCCGCUUAUAAGCUUCUCUUCCCCACAUUUAUUAACCCCCAAUUAUAGGCCCAUCUACUGGUAAACCAAAAAACACUUUCGACUAUAAACAGAGGAUCUGUGAACAGGCUACAUUCACUUGCAAACUAAACGAAGGGUUGUUUUGCUCCACGAAAGGAGCGACCAUGUGGAUAAGAAGUGGAUUGAUUAGGAGUUCAUUGAGCUCUGAUGGGAGCUCCGACACGCGUUCCACUUUUCCUCGUUCUAUUCAUUAUACUGAUGAAGCGUACACGCGAGGCCGAUUGUGUUCAAAAAGCAUGGUGGUUCUUCAGUAUUUAUUUUCUUUAUGGGGUUAUGGGCUCCUGGCUAGGAGUAUUGCUAAUACUCCAGUAGGGUUUCACUCAGAAGUAUGUCGCCAGUAACCAUUUCCACACCUUAGUGGACAGACACAAAGUGGAGCACAUUGGAAAGUUUCUUCCUCGAGGAAAAAUCGUGAUGGAAGGCUUUAACUACGACAUACACAUCCAAAGUCGGACGUGUGAACCGUUAGCUAUAGACUAUUACCCCUCCACAAAGACCUGGUGUGCAUGUGGCAAACAGUUAAACAACAUUUUCACUGGAUUGCUUAAAGUAAUGCAAUGGUCACGUGACGUGUCAUGUGGUCUUUGGACGUCCUAGUUUAUAUGAAAAUGUUGAAGUCUACAAGACAAUAUUUUUUGGGGAUGUUCUUUGUGCAAAAGGAAAAACGACGUUAACAGAGGAAUACCUCAUCCAAUUAACUACUUCAUUUUUACAUGUAAUUAUUUCUUCUCUUUUGUAAUUGGAAUGUAAUAAGGGCAACAUGAAAACUUUGCUCCUUUAGCCAUUUUACACUUAUCUCUUGUAGAACAAAAUGUCAUACUUAAACUGUUCCUUUCUGUUUCUGUCGAAAUAACAAUUAUUGUAAUUAGAUGAAAUUGAGCUUCUCGAAUAGAAGCACUAACUCCCGUACUGUUCUACUCUUUUAGGGAAGCUGACAAGUUCGAAUUCUGUUGCAUUGCGAAACUGUCCGGCCCAAACUGCUCCGCGCCCAAGGACCUGUUUUCAUCCUGUAAUGACCUCAUGGCUAACCUCACUUUGAGGUUAUCCAUUUGGAUUCUGGGAAGCAUCGCAUUGGUGGGAAAUGCCUUUGUCGUCAUAUGGCGAUUGAAAACCAAGAGCGAGAGCAAAGUCCAUGCAUUGUUGCUACUGAAUCUGGCCAUAGCAGAUUUCUUAAUGGGCAUCUACUUGAUACUGAUUGCUGCGGUAGACGUAUUCUACCGCGGAAAGUACUUCAUAUACAACGAUAGCUGGAAGCAGAGCCGGUUAUGUCAGUUUAGCGGUUUUGUGUCGACCAUCUCCAGUGAAGCGUCCGUGUUUAUUUUAACCAUCAUGACAACAGACCGCUACGUCACCAUUGUGCAUCCACUCAGGCACUUUGGACUGCGCGUGCGCGGAGCGUACAUUGCGCUGAUUAUCACGUGGCUUAUUGCGUUUGUGCUCGCUGGCGCACCUCUGACCGGCAUCGAUUACUUCAAAGAAUUUUACGCGCGCUCUGGUGUCUGCCUCCCGCUUCACCUGACUGCAAAUAAGCCAAUCGGGUGGGAGUAUUCGGUGUUUCUAUUUUUAGGUCUGAACUUUGCAUCUUUCAUGCUCAUCUUCGUUUUAUACCUCGUUAUGUUUUUUAAGAUUCAAAACACUCGAGAAAUGAGCGGAGCCGGAGCUGCAGUGACGUCAAUCGGCACUAGAAUGGUGUUCAUUGUUCUCACUGAUUUCUCAUGCUGGAUUCCGAUCAUUAUAAUCGGAAUCGCUUCCCUGCUCGGAAUGGAAGCCAGCCCUUCAGUCUACGCCUGGAUAGCUGUCUUCGUUUUGCCGUUAAAUUCGGCAUUAAAUCCGAUUCUUUACACGAUAUCUACCGCCAAUUUUCGCCGGAAAUUUCGGGACGGCGCUCGAAGGCACAGCUGGAAGGGACGACGAGACAAGAGCGCAACGGAACAUUCGUUCUUAGACUCAAAAAGCACAACUUCAUCCCAAGCUAAACAUACUAGCAUAGGUGCAAAUGGGGAAACUAAACUACUAAACGGUGACAUGAGGGAAUCAGACGUUUGA